AUGUGCAGCAUCACAUUUGUUUCCCAUCCUUUCCUUGCACUGGGAACUGCUGAUGGCCCUGGGCUCGCAUACCUCAAUGGCCUCAUCAGCCACCAUGGGAAGAAUGGCUGUCAGUUGUACUGUGGUGUUAGAGGAUGCCACAAAGCUGGGUGCCCACACUACUACCCUGCACAUAUGAGGCCCCCAGACUAUAAUGUUGAAGGUUGCAAUCAUCCUGAUGUGGAUGUCAAGAACCUCCCUAUAUGUUCUUCAGAUAUCUACUGGAGAAACUUAAUAUAUGUCCUCCCGUCACCUAAUGAAGCACAG